AUGAGGGGCAUAUCAGCAGAAGAUGCCGAGAGCGUCGUCGCCAUCGAGCGGACCUGCUCGGCCCUCUCCUUCUUGGGGUGUGUCUUCGUGCUGGUGACCUUCUCGCUCUCCGAUGCGUUCCGCCAGCGCGCCAUCAACCGCUUGGUCUUCUACGCAACGUUUGGGAAUAUGUUGACGAACGUGGCGACGCUCAUGACAACGACCUACAUUGACGACGUUGAUUCCUUUGGCUGCCAGCUCCAGGCGUUUCUCAUUCAAGUCUUCAUGCAAGGCGAUGCAUACUGGGCGUUGGCCAUGGCCGUCAAUGUUUACCUCACGUUCUAUCGCAAGUACGACGCGAGGAUGCUGAGGAAGAUGGAGGUGUUCUACUUCGUUCUUUGCUACGGGGUGCCGUUCGUCCCUGGCUUCACUUUCAUCUUCAUUUCCACCAAACAUGCCGGCAGGCCGUAUGGCGACGCCAUGCUGUGGUGCUGGUUGAAAUCGGAAUGGGAGGUGUACCGAAUCGCCACCUUCUACGGUCCGGUGUGGGUGGCCAUCCUCAUUGCGAUGACGAUCUACCUCCGCACCGGCCGGGAGAUCUACCGCAAGCGCCGAAAGAUGCUAAAAUUCAGUUCCAGCGCCACCGGCACAUUCACCGGCACAGCCACCGGCUCUGAACCUUUCUCUCCCCUCUACGAGUUCUCCCCAGCAUUCAACUACAAAACAACCGAAGUCGUCCAAACGACCGAGAUCAUCAAGCCCCCGCCCGCCGCCAAGCCAGGUACCAUCCCUCCCGCGCCGCCGCUCAAGGACCCCAACGUCUCCUACUCAGUCACCAUCUCCGCCGACAUCGAGGCCGCGCGCCAACUCAACCGCCGCGUCUCCUUCGAAGACACCAUCGACACAGCCAGCCCGCCAAUCCCCGCACGCAACAACAACAGCAACAACAACAAAAGCAGCCGCGCCGCCCGCGCCCUCUCCAGUGUCCAAGCCUCCAUCAUCUCCGGCACCACCACCACCCAGAGCACCAACCCGCACCCGCACCCUCCUCCUCGUCCACCUCCUCCUGCUCCCACCCACCGCCGCCGCCACCCCCACCACGACGCCCACAGCGCCGCCUGGUCCUACACCAAGUGCGCGAUCCUCUUCUUCGUCGCGCUGCUGCUGACCUGGAUCCCGUCGUCGGGCAACCGCGUCUACAGCCUGCUGCACGCGGGGGCCGUCUCGCGGCCGCUCUUCUUCGCCAGCGCCUUCGUCCUGCCCCUGCAGGGCUUCUGGAACGCCAUCAUCUACGUGGUCACCUCCUGGGCGGCGUGCAAGAGCUUUGCCGGGUACUGCGCGGCUGUCGUGGCGGGGUGGGACGACGGGACGAGCAUGGAGGAUCUGACCGGGGAGGGGAGGGCUGAGAGGGUGUCCCCUGUGUAA